AUGUCUAUGUGCUGUAUGUCUAUUUGCUGCAUGUCUAUGUGCUGUAUGUCUAUGUGCUGUGUGUCUAUGUGCUGUAUGUCUAUGUGCUGUAUGUCUAUGUGCUGUAUGUCUAUGUGCUGUAUGUAU